AUGUCGACUACCUCAAACAGUACUUGUGAUCAAAACGGCCAGUCUGGCUUCAACGAGUCAACUUUCAACAAGACAUGCGCUUCAAGGCAAAUGGGAUUUUCCCCUUUCUUGUCAACAGAAGCAAGAGUCUCUUUGAUUGCUGUUUAUUGCCUGAUUUUUGCUCUUGGAUUCCUUGGAAAUGCUCUUGCUCUUUACAUCAUAGUUACGCUUAAUUGCUGCGGAUCUCAUUUAACGAUGUACAACACGCUGAAAAAUUGUAUAGCGAUAUCAAGAACCGAUUCUCUUUUAGGAAAGAAACGGGAGCUGACUGGAGGAGAUACGUUCAUUCUCUCGCUUGCAUUUGCCGAUUUGCUGGCGUCUGUUUUUGCGCCAGUGCUCGUAAUCCACGACUUGGUGUCCAAUCUGAAAUGGCAGCUCGGUGCAGCAAUGUGCAAGAUAUUGCCGUCCAUCUCACCAGUCACUCUCAUUGUGUCGUCCUGGUCUUUGGUUCUGAUUGCGAUUGAUCGUUACAGAGUAAUUAAAAAGCCACUGGCACAACGAAUAUCUCAAAAACUAAAAUGCGCAGCUGUGGUUUUCUCGUGGAUUUUUGCUGUGCUGCUUUCAUUGCCAUACACCUUGAGCCAAAAAAUCCACAACGAACAUUUGUGCAUUGAAGACUUCAACUUUAUGGAUCUCAAAACGAAAAGUGUUUACGUUUGUUUAUGGUUGUUUGUCGGUUGGAUUAUGCCCUUGUUCGCGGUUUCAAUCAUUUAUUGCCUCUGUUCGCAAGAGCUUCAAAGAAACCAUUUUGGUAAAGAAACCAAUGACACGACAAGAAAAAGAGCUAUGGAGAAUAGAAGGGUAGUCAAGUUAUUUGUUACCCUUGUCAGCUUGUUCGCUAUUCUCACUUUGCCCUACUCUGUGUUUUACAUUACAAUCCACUUUGUUUUGACGUAUCUAAGAAAAGAGGCAAAUUUUGAUCUGAUCUGGACAUUGAACUAUUUUCUUUUUGUGCUCACAAACAUCAAUAGCUGCACAAAUCCUCUCAUUUACGCUAAAAUGCACAAAGAAAUAAAUAAUUUUGCUGGCAAGGCAUGGCGGAGAAUCAGAUGCAUUGCCAAGUCUCCUGCAGAUAACAGGUCAACGGAGGCCUCGUUUUCUGACAUGAAGACUACCAUUCAGUCAUCUCAUUAUGGAAAGAAUAAUAAAGAAGUCGAGCAAAAAUUCACAAACAAAGCUUUUAGUGAUUUAGAGUAAAGUGUUGAGAAUCAAGAUGCAACAACGUUUUAUGACUUAAAUGUCUAUUUCAAGUGCUAAAAGGUUUGGUUGGUUCUAUUUUCACCCAGAGAAGUCCGAAAACUUUCACUUAAAACUGAGAAUGCCCCGAAAAUUUAUCACUCGUAAAUUUUCUUAAACUUUUUUGAUGCUGACAACGAAUUGUUGUGAAAGAUUGCAAAAUCAAAUGUGUUUGCUCAUAUCUCACCAAAUAGAUCUAUCGCCGCUCUCUUCAUUCCAAAAAUUAAAAAAACUUAUGAUCGAAAUUACAGAAGAUUACAGAAGAUAACUUCAACUAUAUUCAAAUGCGAUAUCCAUAUCCCUUCGAAACAUACAAAUGUU